AACAUGGCCCUGAGAUUUUUUUUGUUUUGACUCCCUAGGCUAUGUCUGAACAAGGACAAGAGUCACAUCUCCAGUCACAGGAAGAUUCUCCAAACGUUUGUAGCACCCCUCCUGUUUCCCCAACGAGCCUUUCACACACAGAUGAAUCCAUAGAAACCUCUGCUGUCAAGCAGAGACGAAGAACUGGCCGGCCAAGACCUCGACCUCUCUCAGACUACGGGCAGCUUGCUUCUAGGAAGCACUUCAUUCCAGAGGAAGAGGCAGAACUUCGUAUUGAGGAAAGAACAACAGAUGCAGCAUUGCUGAAAAACUUCAGGUGUUCAGACAGAUGUGACCAUCUAGAGAGCCUUGAGAACUGCAGCAUGAACAGUGACGUUCAGACCAGGAAGCUGCGGCCUGUCUCCGUGAUUGGAGUGGUAGAUACAUAUGCUGCUGAUGCUGAGGAGAAGGAUGACUCUCUUCCUUCUCCUGUGCCUCGGCCGCCCAUCCCGUCCCACCGUGUACCCCCCUACAGAGGAGUAUCUGCCAGGUUUCGCCCCUCUGCCCUUUCCCAGAGCACCCCCAUUGGCCUGGAUCGCGUCGGACGGCACAAGCUCAACAGAGUACUCAGUGAUGGUGCAUCUGAGAGUUUGGCAACACUUGAUGACAGCGUGAGUGAGGAGGAAGAGGGAAGCUUUGAGCUAACAGAUGUUCCACCCUACCUGGAGCCAGAGGUGGAGCUAAGCGUGCUGAGCCAGUGGAUAAGCUCUGGCCGCACGGUUUAUGCUGAGGCUCUCUGGGAUCAUGUGACCAUGGAGGAGCAGGAACUGGCCUUCAAGGCUGGAGAUGUUAUCCGUGUGCUGGACACCUUCCAUAAGGACUGGUGGUGGGGCAGGGGGGUGGACAGGGAAGCCUGGUUCCCUUCCAGUUUUGUCAGGCUGCGUGUGAACCAGGAAGACUCCAGUGGGGGAAGUGUGGAGAGUGUGGCUGAUCAGGAAGAUCCACCUCCCAGGGACACGCUCAGCAGCCGCCACAAGGAUCAGAUGAGAACCAAUGUGGUGCAGGAGAUCAUGAACACAGAACGUGUUUACAUCAAGCAUCUCAGAGACAUCUGUGAGGGUUACAUUCGCCAGUCUCGUAAAAACCCUGCAAUGUUCACUGAGCUCCAGUUGAAGACGAUCUUCAGCAACAUUGAAGAUAUCUACAGGUUUCAAAGACAGUUCCUCCGAGAGCUGGAGAAGAAGUACAACAAAGACCAACCACAUCUUAGUGAAAUUGGCUCUUGCUUUGUCUCGCAGGGUGAAGCCUUCUCUGUUUACUCGGAGUACUGUAAUACACAUCCAGCAGCUUGUGCUGAGCUGCAGCGACUUAUGAAAUUGAGCCGGUAUAAACAUUUCUUUGAGGCCUGUCGGCUCCUUCAGCAGAUGAUUAACAUCUCCAUUACUGGUUUCUUGCUCACACCUGUCCAGAAGAUCUGUAAAUACCCCUUGCAGUUGGGAGAACUUCUCAAGUAUACUACCAAGGACCACAGUGACUACAGCAGUGUGAGUGACGCGUAUAAGACCAUGAAGAAUGUAGCCAGCCUGAUAAAUGAGAGAAAAAGAAGGCUGGAAAGUGUUGAUACCAUUGCUCACUGGCAGGUCUCCAUUCUGCACUGGGAGGGAUCUGACGUACUGGAACGCAGCUCUGACCUGAUCUACUCUGGCGAGAUGAAUCGACUCAUCCGGCAAGGCAAAAUGCAACAGCGCAGCUUUUUUCUGUUUGACCACCAGCUCAUUUUCUGCAAAAAAGAUGUCCUACGGAGAGACCUGCUCCACUACCGUGGGCGGCUAGAUAUGGACCAGACCGAGGUGGUGGAUGUGCCUGAUGGGCGGGACCCAGACCUGGCUUUGACCCUGAAGAGUGCUCUGCUCUUGCGCCACGCCUCCACCCUGGAGAAUGUGUGCGUAUUGUGCUGCAGAAAGGCCGAGGACAAGCAGAGGUGGUUACAGGCUUUUGCGAAGGAGAGAGACAGAGUCAAGGAGGACCAAGAGAUGGGGAUGGAGAUCAGUGAAGAACAAAGAAAGCGGGCCAUUAUUAAUGCCCGAAGAGCCAAACAGGGGAAAAUAAAAACUAUGGGUUACUCUGGUUCUGUUCCUCCUCACCACCAAAACCUGCAGCAGAACCUUCACCCACUUCACCAGCGCCACAUCACCAUUCCAACCAGCGUGCCUCAGCAGCAGGUGUUUUCUCUGGCUGAGCCCCCAAAACGAAAGCCUUAUUAUCUUCUUUAUAGCAUCACACGCAACACCUUUUUCCGAAAGUGAGGCUUUGCUGCUUUGUCCUUUUCAUGGUUUCUCUCUGGUCACAUUUGGAAGAAAUCCAAAUCCGUCCUGAAGACUUAAAGAACACUUCUUAGUUUUUGUGUUUUCAGAACCUACUGUGAGUUUUUGUGCCUUCUAUGUUUUGUAAUGUGUCUGUUGUUGUUGUCGAAUAUUGACGUGCAGUGCUGACUUUAGAAGAGGUAUCACAAAAAAGUGUUAAAAUAUAGUGUCCAUUUUGUUGGUGUGUCAAGAUGCUAAUCAACUAAAGCUGAAGAACAGGACCCUGUCAUCAAAUCCAGCUGAAACAUCUUGGUGUUAAUUAUGAUGAUGUUUAUUCAGCUUUUCAGUUGACAAACAUGGUUUUAGUUUAUUUCACAAAGGCUGGACCCUUUUUAGUUGUGCUGUGAGUCUGUCAGCUCUGAGUACAAAACGGCCAGAGGUGACAGUUGACAAGUGACCCUUCUAACAAUGUAAAUAAAAAUUAUACAA